CAGAUUCUUUACCAACUGAGCUAUCAGGGAAGCCCUAAAUCAAGCAGAUCAGUUUUAACUUCACACUCUGAUUCUCAGAAAGACAGUGGUGUCCUUGGCUCCACAACUAGUGUUCCCAUACUGCCUCCAGGAUGUCAGCUAAAGCUAUAGAGAGCGGGGAAGGUGGUGCUUUGGGCGCCCUCCUGCGAGAAUUGCUGUCGGAAGAGGAAGAAGAACCUUCCCAGGCAAGCAAUCAGACCUCUGGUGGCUCUUCUCUUUGGAAGCCACCACGGAGGCCACAUCAGGGAGCAGAUGGCUUUGGCUCCUACCCCAGAGAUCCACCCCAGUCGGAAGGCAGCAAUUUCUACCAUUAUGCAGGCAUGACUGCAGCUGCUGUGAUUGGAGGAGUCAUGGCCAUGAGGGCUGCACCUGAGUUGCUGGACACCAUGGGUUUCACCAGAACAGGAAUCUCCCGCUCCUCCUUCGCGGCCAAUAUGAUGUCAUCAACUGCCAGAGCCAAUGGGGGCAGAGUUCCCUCUGGCAGCCUGGUCUCCAAUCUCCAGUCCAAGGGGGCAGCUGGACUUUCCACAUCAUCCAACAUCCUCCUGGGAUCUGCUGGGGCACUACUGGGGGCCUUGCUGUGGAAUUCCUCCAGCUCCUCCAGGAGGACCCAGUACUGAAACGGAAAGGGGCUCCCAUUCUGGAGGUGACCCUCCAGGGCAUCAGGAUGUCAGUCUCCCAAAUGACAAGUCCCCUGCCUCCCCAAAUUCUUCAAAGAAUCAUAAGAAAUAAAGUUGAGAU